AUGUCAUCCCAAAACCCAAAUAUAGAGUCUUUGCCACUCCCCCUUCCUCCAGGAAUCAAAGAAUCCUACCUCCCCUCCCACGACCUCACCUACCACAUCCUCUCCGCAGGAUCUCCAUCCAACCCACUGAUCCUCCUCCUCCACGGCUUUCCAGAGCUAGCAUUCUCAUGGCGCAAAAUCAUGCCAGCGCUGGCCUCAGAAGGCUACCACGUCGUAGCCUUCGACCAGCGAGGCUAUGGCCAGACAACCGGUUGGGAUACGCGCGAUUUCUCCUCCGUCGACUUAAACACCUUCACAUUCACACGCUUGGUCCGGGAUGCAGUGAUAUUGGUGGCCGCAUUAGGAUACCGGGAGGUACAGUGCGUGAUCGGACAUGACUUUGGGGCAGUAGGCUCUAGUAUGUGCGCGCUGAUGCGGCCGGAUAUAUUUAAAUCAGUAAUUAUGAUGUCCCUUCCCUUCCAGGGAUCUCCCCCCCUCCCUUUCAACACCAUCUCCAACCCCACUGCUCCUGCGCCAGCAAAAAAAGACACCAAAAAAACACUAGCAUCCCUCCCCAAACCACGGAAGAACUACAAAUUGUAUUACUCCACCUCUCCCGCUGCAGCUGAAAUGGGCACUCCAAGAGAAGAACUCCAUCAGUUCCUCCGCGGAUACUUCUACCUCAAGAGCGCAGACUGGAAAGGCAAUAACCCUUCUCCUCUUGAAAGCGGAUCGGCAGACGAGCUGGCUAAGAUGCCAUACUACUACAUCAUGCCACUCGAUUCGGGCAUGCGAGAGUCCGUCCAACUUUCCAUGUCGUCCGAAGACCCUGCUACGGCCUCAAAGCUAGGCGGGCGCUGGCUUUCUGAUAAUGACCUGGAAGUUUAUGUACAAAGCUUCGGCCGCAAUGGCUUUCAGGGCGCACUUAAUUGGUACAGAGUCGUUACUGAUCCGAAGAAUAUGAAAGAUCUCGAACUAUUCGCGGGGAAGAAGAUCGACGUUCCUUCGCUGUUUAUUUCCGGGAAACAGGAUUGGGGAACGUAUCAGGAUCCUGGAGUUGUGGAGAAUAUGGGCGAGGUUUGUACCAAGUUUAGAGGGACGGUGCUGGUUGACGGAGCGGGACAUUGGGUUCAGCAGGAACAGCCAGAAAGGGUUAUUGAGAUUGUUCAGAAGUUUCUGAGGGAUGUUAAAACGGAGGCGGCAUCCUAUUAA